UCUCUACUAAACCUUUAACGUUAAUCGAGGAAACGUCGUCGUUUAAGGAGUCUCCCUCUUGUCACUGUUUUUUCUCCUCCUCCUCCUCCUCCUCCUCCUCCUCCUCCACUCCAAGUGAGGAAUCUAAACGGGGUCAAGUCAAAACACUCACCGAGAUUCACAGUGAGGCAGAGGAGUGAAAUGAGGAAGGAUGUUUUGGCAUUCGUGGGGAUGAUGAUGGCAGAGUGUGCACAAACUGGUCUCAUGAUAGCGGGCAAAGCAGCCAUGUCUGACGGAAUGAGCAACUUCGUCUUCGUCUUCUACUCCAAUGCCCUUGCCUCUCUUCUUCUUCUUCCUUCUUCUUAUAUCUUCUACAGGUCACGGCGUCCUCCGCUCACUUUUCCCAUUCUCUGCAGUUUCUUUAUUCUUGGCUUCAUUGGCUUUUUAGUUCAGUUUAUUGCGUAUGCUGGGAUUUUCUAUAGCUCGCCUACUUUGGGGACUGCCAUGCUCAAUCUUAUCCCAGGUCUUACCUUUAUACUAGCCGUCAUUUUCAGGAUGGAAAGACUUGAAUGGAGAAGCUUCAGUAGCAUAGCUAAAUCAGUAGGAACUGUUCUGUCAAUUACAGGUGCAUUCAUAGUGACUUUCUACAAAGGCCUUCCCCUUCUGAUGACAUCUUCAAUGUCAAAGUCUUCUCGUCUGCUUCUCUUGCAACUGUCAGAGUGGGUGACUGGAGGAUUACUCCUUGCUAUUUCCUGUGUGCUGGCUUCAGCAUGGCUUAUCAUACAGGCUUCAGUCCUGAAGAAGUAUCCUUUGGCGCUCAUUGUAGUCUCUUAUUACUGCCUCUUUGUGGCCAUUCAAUCUGCAAUAGUCAGUUUGGUUAUGGAAAGAGAUCUCAGUGCCUGGAGCUUAAAGCCUAAAGUCAGGUUGAUUGCUGUCUCGUACUCGGCAGUUUUUGGGUCUGCAUUCCAAGUUACCGUUUCUGCAUGGUGCUUACAUCAGACAGGACCUGUUUUCGUUUCCAUGUUCAAGCCAUUGGGAAUUAUCAUUGCAGUUGCUGUUGGUGUCAUCUUUUCAGGGGAUACAUUCUAUCUUGGAAGGUAGACUGUUGGAUGCUUGCUUUUCUUCAGAUCUUACUCAAUUUCAUAAUGAACACGGAUUUCCUUGAUUAGGCUUUUGAAUUUAGAUUUUUUUUCAU